CUCUGAUCUGCCAGUGCCCUCCCCCGGCACCAGAGAAGAGCCGUGCCUCACCGCAUCAACCACGCAGCAUCAUCAUUUUUCCACUCCGGCACUCAUGACACCGUGACCAAAUCCAUCACCGAUAAUUCACCAUCCACGCGUUGGCACACGUCUUUCAUCUUCUUGAGGCUUGAUAUUUCUCUUGGCAGACCUGGUUGGCUUUGCAAGUCACUUGACCCCCGUUUUCGGUUGCUCAGGUCGUUUAUUUGAUGGCUCCUGGGUUGCGACCUGGCAGGCGUGUGGUUGAAAAGACAAAACCACCCUACAACUAUUGCAACUAAUAAUAAUGGCCGCUACUGGGACUUCAAGGUUGGAGCCUUCGCUCCCAGCAUCUGCCAAGCUUGAGCUAACUUGUUCUGUACAGACUAGAUCGUCUUGUCACCUUGCUGGACAAGGGGAGCACCCAGCUCAUUCGAAACACUGCCGCACAACAACUUGCCGAUGUCCAGAAACAGAAUCCCGACAAUCUCUUUGCACUACUCGGCAGGGUUCUUCCCUACCUGCAGUCAAAAUCAUGGGACACUCGCACUGCCGCCGCCAAAGCCAUCGGCGGCAUCAUUUCGAACGCCGAAAAGUUCGAUCCUAACGCUGACGAUGCCGACACCAAGUCAGAGCCCCUCAAGGUUGAGGAGGUGACCACCAAGCUCGAAGAGAAGACUCCGGAAGCAGACGACCUUCUCCAGCUCAGCGCUCUUGACAUCAAAUUGAUCCUUAAUCAUGGGAAGAAGCUGUUGGGCAGUGCCGGUAAAGAGUACGAAUUCUCAAUGGCUGGUAUGACACCUGCUCAACGCUUGGCGCAUCAGAAGCAGAGUCUUACCGCUCGACUCGGUCUCGGCGGCGAGUAUAUGGAGGACGACUUGGUCAACGAGUUCGACUUUGCAGCUAGCUCGCAGUUCAAACAAGCCACAACCCCGGGUCUGACUCGAGUGGAUACCAAGCCAGGAGUGCAACGACUCGACAGUUUCGGGUCCGCCGGUCCCUACAGUGCCGUGUCCCCUUCAGACCACAAUGGCCAGUCCCUGCCUGACGAGUCCGGGCUCAGUAAACGACAGCUGAAUCAGUUGAAAAGGAAAAACAAAUCGGCCGCCAAAGCUGGCGCGAACAAGAUGCGCGUAGUAGACCUUUCGGGGCGACGCCAGCCCGAGCCUGGCCAGACACCGGUUUCAGCGACUCCGCAUGCGGUAAAGCUCAAUGGCCACGAAGACUCCAACGGUGAUGCUAAACAAGACUACUUCUCGAUCAAGCGAGAAGGCUCCGAUGACACCACUGCACUUGUCUCCGAGUUCAAGGGCGAAGCAGUCCCAGAAAAGCCGCUCAUCCAACCGGACGAAGAGCACGCCCACGACUGGCCUUUUGACGUUAUGUGCGAUUUCCUGUCGGUGGACCUUUUCGAUCCCAACUGGGAGGUCCGACAUGGAGCAGCUAUGGGUCUGCGAGAAGUUCUCCGUGUGCAUGGACGUGGUGCCGGUCGUCGAUAUGGCAAGUCCAGAGCUGAGAAUGAACUUGCGAAUCGACGCUGGCUUGAUGACCUUGCAUGUCGCCUGCUGUGUGUCUUAAUGCUGGACCGUUUCGGGGACUAUGUGUCGGAUACAGUGGUUGCCCCGAUCCGUGAAUCGAUCGGUCAGACUCUUGGUGCUUUACUAACUCAAUUACCUGAUGACCUGGCCAUUUCUGUCUACACCUGCUUGCAGGAAAUGGCCAAUCAACAGAACACCGGUCUGGAACAACCGAUUUGGGAAGUUUGUCACGGAGGCAUGAUUGGUUUGCGCUAUUUUGUUGCUGUUCGCAAAGAUCUUCUGCUUCGUCACAGCAAACUCCUCGACGGUGUUGUCACAGCCGUCAUGCACGGACUUGCUCAUCCCGAUGACGACGUCAAGUCGGUCAGCGCAGCCACCUUGGUACCUAUCGCUGGGGAAUUGACAACCAUGCGUCCAGAUGCUCUGGGCCAAGUUAUUAGUGUUGUGUGGGACUGUCUCCUGGAUAUGCAAGACGACCUCAGUGCAAGUACCGGCGCCGUCAUGGAUCUUCUUGCGACUCUCUGCUCGCACCAUGAAAUCUUGGAGGCAAUGCGUAUCAACGCCGCCGAGGACCCAGAGCAGUCAUUCGAGAAGCUCGUCCCGCGCUUGUACCCUUUCUUGCGACACACAAUUAUCAGCGUCCGCAUGGCGGUGUUGAAGGCGUUGGUCACAUUCUUGAAUCUCUCCAAUGUGGGCAACAUGGAGUGGGUGGGUGGCCGUGUGGUCCGCUUGAUAUUCCAGAACAUGCUACUCGAGCGAAAUGAAGGUGUCUUGUGGAUGUCCUUCGAGGUCUGGAAAGCGCUCAUCUCAUUUAUGGAACGCCAAGGGUUUUCCGCCUUCGUUGCUGACUUGGAGCGGCAUAUAACACCAAUGGUAGGGGCCGUCAUUCAACCCAUCGGUCAAGCGAGGAGCCCCAUUCCCAUGGACACGCUCCUUCUAAUUAAACCAUCGGGGUUUCCGAUGGUACCCAUUUCGACAACACAUGGAUAUACUCCGGAAUCUGACCAGCAACUGAAGAAGCGACGAAAAUUUGAGAAACCGGACACAAAUCAGCGCCUCUCCCACAAUACCGAUGGACACAUGUUGCACGGCGAAGUAGAUAUUGUUGGCUUGGAAGUCAUGCUCCGAACCAGAAUCGUCUGCUCACUGGCGCUGGGUCUUUUACUCAGCAAACAAAGUGCAUCUUCGAUUGAAUCAAAUUGGACUCACCUGAUGCCGUUCAUCGCUUCUCCUCAUUCAAGUUCAAGGCUGUUUACUGCAAUGAUCUUGGAAGAACUUGCAAAGUACCAAUCUCAAAAGCCAGCGAAUACACCAGCAAUUGUUUCACAGUUGCAGCAGGUCCUUGAUGAUGAUGGCAGCAACAGCUGGUACGCAGACAUGGUAUCUUCGCUGCAGGCAGCUCGUGGCCAAUGCCAGUCUUUGAUUAGCGCUUUCCAAAAUCAGGCGCACGUUUCCCGAGACAAGUUACCGUCAAUAGCAGUUGUCUGCCAAGGCAGCAUCGGUGCUGGUCCCAAGGCGUUCUCGCUCGCAGAUGCUGAGAGGAUCGUGACAACGGACUUUGAUCGUCUUCUCAAAGGUCUUACACCCGCACAGCGCGUUUCAGGAACGCAGUUUCUGAAUGACGCCCGUAUAAAUGCUAAGACGGCCGUUGACGAAGCCAGAAAAGUCAAAGAAAGCCGAGACAUCGCGAUCAAAGCCACGAUUGCGUCGGUCCUGGUUCGACUCAAGGAAAUCCCGAAGAAACCUGGUCAAUUGAUAAAAUGUAUCAUGGACAGUAUCAAGUCAGAAGAAUAUCAGGAUUUACAGGCUCGAUCCGCAUCAAGUGUUGCAGGGCUCAUUGAUUACUACACUACGAGCCCGAAACGUGGCCCUGUGGACAAGCUGGUCUCCAAUCUGGUCAAAUUUACCUGCGUGGAUACUUCGGAGACCCCAGAGUUUGGUCCCAAUGCCUCUUUCGAAGACAUUGUUUUGUCACUGCGAAAGGAAGAAGACAGAAAGGACCAUCCGGAUGCUGCCCGGUUUGAACAAGAGGCCAAGGAGGCCCGGAUCAUGCGGCGGGGAGCCAAACGUGCACUUGAUGAGCUGGCGCAAGAAUAUCGUGCUCAGCUCCUUGAAAAACUCCCCGUGCUGAGAUCCCUCAUCGAGAGACCAAUUCACGAGCUAAUUGAGCCAUCUGACCCAGCCACUUUACAGGUCGACGAAGAACAAGGUCAAUCACUAGUUGAUGCUAUGUCAGCUUUGCGAACGCUGUCACCCACCCUGGACGCUGGUCUGCACGCUUGGGUCUUGUCUUUGAGCCCGCUUAUUGGAAAAGCUAUGAGAAGCAGGCUUUCUGUCAUAAGAUACAGCGCCGCUAAAUGUUUCGCAACGAUAUGCAGUGUCAUAACCGUCGAGGGGAUGACUCGGCUUGUGCAGGAUGUUUUGCCUAACAUCAACAACCCACUGGACCUGAGGGACAGACAAGGGAUUACCGAAUGCGUCUAUCACCUCAUCCAAGCCAUGGGCGACAGGAUCCUGCCGUAUGUGAUCUUCUUGAUUGUACCUGUUCUGGGUCGGAUGAGCGAUGCCAAUAAUGAUAUCCGUCUUCUUGCGACGACAUCCUUCGCCACACUGGUAAAGCUGGUGCCUUUGGAAGCAGGAAUCCCAGAUCCGCCGGGAAUGCCGGAGUCAUUGCUCCAAGGACGUGAACGAGAGCGCAAAUUCAUGGCGCAGAUGCUUGAUCCAAAAAAAGUCGAGCCCUUCCAGAUCCCUGUGGCGAUCAAAGCGGAACUACGACCCUAUCAGCAAGAUGGCGUGAACUGGUUAGCAUUCCUCAACAAAUACAACCUCCACGGCGUUUUGUGCGACGACAUGGGUCUCGGGAAGACUCUCCAGACUCUCUGUAUCGUAGCAAGCGAUCAUCACAUACGGGCCGAGGAGUACGCCAAGACCCAAGCUCCCGAUAUGAGGCGUUUACCGUCUCUGAUUGUCUGUCCACCGACGCUCUCGGGCCAUUGGCAACAGGAGAUCAAGCAAUACGCACCGUUUUUGAGCUGUGUGGCGUACGUGGGACCGCCAUCGGACAGAAUCAGCCGGCGUCCUUUACUCGAAAAAGCAGAUGUUGUCAUAACUUCCUACGACGUGUGUAGAAACGAUAACGAUAUCCUAACACCCAUCACCUGGAAUUACUGUGUACUGGAUGAAGGCCAUCUGAUCAAAAACCCAAAGGCGAAGAUCACCCAGGCCGUGAAAAAGCUAGUCAGCAACCACAGACUCAUUCUUUCCGGGACCCCAAUUCAGAACAAUGUCCUGGAGCUCUGGUCUCUCUUCGACUUCCUAAUGCCUGGCUUUUUGGGUACGGAGAAAGUCUUCCAGGAUCGAUUCGCGAAGCCGAUUGCAGCCAGCCGCAAUGCAAAGUCUUCUUCAAAGGAACAAGAAGCGGGCGCUUUGGCAAUUGAAGCUCUUCACAAGCAGGUGUUGCCAUUUUUGCUGCGGCGUUUGAAGGAAGAAGUGCUCAACGAUCUACCACCCAAGAUUCUGCAGAACUACUACUGUGACCUCAGCGAUCUGCAGAAGCGUCUGUUUGAAGACUUCUUCAAGAAGGAGCGCAAGACUGUGGAGAACAGUAUUGGCUCGGCGGAUAAAGAGGCCAAGCAACACAUCUUCCAAGCCCUCCAGUACAUGCGCAAACUCUGCAAUUCGCCGGCCCUUGUCGUCAAGGAAGGAAACAAGCAAUAUGAGGCGAUUCAGAAGCAACUUGCAGCGUCCAAAUCCAGUCUGCGCGAUAUUGCUCACGCACCGAAACUGGGAGCUCUACGCGACUUGCUGGUUGAUUGCGGCAUUGGCGUAACCAACGACUCAAAUGACAUUUCAGCUUCAAAUUAUGUGUCACAACAUCGGGCACUGAUCUUCUGCCAAAUGAAGGAAAUGCUCGACAUGGUCCAAAAUGAAGUUUUGGGCAAGCUUCUUCCGAGUGUUCAAUUCUUGCGACUCGAUGGGAGCGUGGAAGCCACCAAACGCCAGAAUAUUGUCAACCAGUUCAAUAACGACCCCAGCUAUGACUGUCUCUUGCUGACCACCAGCGUGGGUGGCCUUGGGCUGAACCUCACUGGCGCCGACACCGUCAUCUUUGUCGAGCACGAUUGGAAUCCUCAGAAGGACAUUCAAGCCAUGGACCGAGCCCACCGAAUCGGCCAGAAGAAGGUGGUCAACGUCUAUCGCCUGAUUACGCGCGGCACCUUGGAGGAGAAGAUCCUGAGCCUUCAACGAUUCAAGAUUGACGUCGCGUCGACUGUUGUUAACCAACAGAACGCAGGCUUAGGGAGCAUGGAAACGGAUCAGAUCCUGGACCUCUUCAACCUCGGAGAAACAGCAGAGAAUGGUGGUGAGGCAGGUGGUACAAAGGACGAGGACAUGGUCGACCUUGAGACCGGUGAAGUCAGAAAGAAAGGAGAGAAGGGCUGGCUUGACGAUGUGGGUGAACUCUGGGACGAGAGGCAGUACGAGGAGGAGUUCAACCUCGACUCCUUUGUGCAGAACUUGCAAAAAUAGAGUCCGUCGGGCAGGAUGUGGCAGGAUGUGGCAGGAUGCCGGUUUUUGGAGCUGUACAAUUAUUCCACAGGGUUGCCCAGUGCUCAAAAGUGGUUUUUGGCAGGAUUGGAUCAGUGAUCAUUAUCAAUAGUUACCACACAGCCCAACUUGGAGUUGGCAGUAUUCAGCUUACACUGCACCAGGCACACAACUUGCAAACUCAGGAGUCUCAGUCUCGUGGCUGAAUGACAAUGUAUAUUUGGCCAAGAUAUUUACCAAAACCUAUCUCAGGUCUAGGCAAGUGGUGCAUGUGUUUGGUUGGUUUCAGACGGGGGACGGCCUUCGUCUACGCUCGAUAUAGG